GUUAAUAAAUACAUUUAUAAUAAAAUGAGUUUUAUUCAGUUUGAAAGUGCACGGGAAAAAGAUAAAGCAAGACAAGAUCUUCGGGAGGCGAGAGAACACAUGCUUGAUGAAGUGAAAAAAAGGGCUGAGCAAAGAGCAGCGCGUGAAGCCGAUAGGCUUUUAAAAGGUGAAACCAACUGGAUGCUCCCUUCCGUCGAAGAAAAACUGAAGAAAAAAAACAAAGAAGUAAAGAAAUCAAAAAAGGAUAAAAAGAAAAGUAAAAAAUCUAAGAAAAAAUCAAACAAGAAACGAAAGUACUCUAGCUCUGAAGAGGAAAGUGAUUCUGAUUCCACAUCUAAUGAUAGUGAUGGUUCUUCGUCUAAUGAUGGCCACAAAAAGAGUAAAAAAUCAAAAAAGUCAAAAAAGAAACAUAAAAAAGGUUCGAAAAAUAAGAGGACAAGUAGUUGCGAUACGGACAGCGAGGAUUCAGGCGAUGAAAAAUCCAAAUUUGUGCAAUUAAAAAAAUCUGAGGAGCCACUACAAAGAGAUAAUUGGAUGACCGAUGCACUAAUGCUAAAGACUUAUUCACGGGAAAGGGUGGAAAAUAAGCCAAAUGAGAAGCAACAAAUUGAUUCAUAUGAUCCGGCAAAAAGUUCACGGGAACUUAAUCCCUAUUGGAAAACAACGGGAACAGGUUUACCUGCAUUUCAAAAACCAAAAGAUGAUGAUGACUACAAAACCGCAAAAUCUGAAAAAUCAAUAUUUUCACAGAGCACAUAUUCAUCAAAAGGUUGGAAGAAGCAAAGUGACGAAAAAGUAUCAAACGAAUGCUUGCUGCCGCAGAGAAAAAAGUCUCUUACACCUAGUGACGACGGAUCCUCAUCUAGUGAAGGAGAACAUAAAAAGGGCAAGGAAAAAUCCAGUUUAUCCGCAUCAGAAUUUCUAACUGAUCAACAAAUGAACGAAUUAGGUGCAAAAAUUCUUAAAGCUGAAAUAAUGGGUAACAUGUCACUUGCAGAUGAAUUACGCGAAAAGUUGGAAAAAGCACGAACACAAAGAAAUAUAUUUAAAGAACGUAAAAAAUCAGCAUAUCUUGUAAGCAAUAGCAAUUCUACUAAUGGCGACAAGUGCAGCAAGAAGAAAGAUGAGCAUAUUCUACUGACGCACACCGAUCAAACGGGCCACACUAGACCAUUGCAGGCAUCAAAAGUUUUGGAUCCAAGAGAUUUGUACGGUGGCAAGAAAAAACAGAAGCAAAAGCGUGUUAACACUCACGAUGAAUCUGGUGAGAGAGUUCGCUAUUUUGCCGAUGACGAUCGUUAUGAUCUAAAACAUAUGUUUGAAAGCGAAAAGUAUACAAGCGCAUCAGACGCCAAUUUACAAUUUGCCAAUAUUGCUGGCAAACACAAAAACCCUAAUGAUGAUAUGGAAGAUAUAUUUGCCGAAAAAAUAUGUCAAGAUGACUCUGUACGUUCCGAACGUAAAGAUCGUGAUAGAGCAAUUCGUGAACACCAAAAAGUUGAGGCAGCGUUAGACAACUGUGACAAAUGCUUCGAUUCUAUGAAAAUAAAAAAGGAACUACUAAUAUGCGUUGGCGAAAAUGUAUAUUUGGCUUUACCAUGGUAUCAGGGUCUUCAGCCUGGUCAUUGUAUGAUAAUUCCAAAUCAACAUGCAACUUGCUGUACUCAAAUCGAUGAGGAUAUUUGGGCGGAAGUUAAUGAUUUUCGUAAAGCUUUGACUCGCAUGUUUGCUUCGCAACAUAAAGAUGUGAUAUUCUUUGAAAUUGCCAACCGAUUGCAUAAACGGCCGCAUUUAGUAAUACAUUGUAUUCCCAUCCGCGAAUCAGAUGGCGAAAUGGCUCCAUUUUAUUUCAAGAAAGCAAUAGAAGAAUCAGAACAUGAAUGGUCUGUCAAUAAGCAACUUGUAUCAUUGCGACAAAAAUCAUUGCGUAAUUCUAUACCAAAGGGUUUACCUUAUUUUUGGGUAAAUUUCGGUAUGGACACGGGAUUUGCCCAUGUAAUUGAGGAUGAGGAAAGAUUUCCCCCAAAUUUUGCGCAAGAAAUUAUUGGUGGCAUGUUAAAUUUAGAUGCAAACAGAUGGCGUCGUCUACAAAAAGAACAAAAUAUUAUAACCAAAGUGAAAAUGUUUGCAGACUGGUGGAAAAAAUACGAUUGUACAAAGUAAGACAAAUAUAACAACUUCUUAAAGUAUGUAUUAAUUAAAAAAAGUACACAAAUAAACACAAAAAAUUGGUUUUAUA